CCUGCUGCCGGCUGAUCUGGGGAGGCGGCAGCUUCCCGCCCGCUGCAGGCAGCACCAUGGCACUGCUGACGCACCUGCUGGUCUGCACCUUUGGGAUGGGCUCCUGGGUGGCCAUCAACGGGCUCUGGGUGGAGCUGCCACUGGUGGUGACACAGCUGCCCGAGGGCUGGUACCUGCCCUCCUACCUGACAGUGAUCAUCCAGUUGGCCAACAUCAGCCCACUCCUCAUCACCCUGCUCCAUCACUUCCGGCCCGGCUGCCUCCCCGAGGUGCCCGUCAUCUUCGCCGUGCUGGUUGUGGGCACCGUCGCCUGCACCCUCCUUGCCUUCCUCUGGAAUGUCACCUCCUGGGUACAGGGCAGCUACCACAGCAUCACUUUCAUGGUCCUUACCUUCUUCCUGGCCCUGGUGGACUGCACCUCCUCCGUCACCUUCCUGCCUUUCAUGAGCCGGCUGUCCACCCACUACCUCACCACCUUCUUUGUGGGCGAAGGGCUCAGCGGCCUGCUGCCGGCCCUGGUGGCUCUCGCCCAGGGCUCAGCUCUCACCACCUGCGUCAACGUCACUGGGACACCUUAUACCACCUCCAGCCCCAACACCAUCGGGAAGACCGACACCCCACAGGGAAAUAACAGCACUCUGGUGCCUGGCCUCACUGGGACAGCGCACUCUAUGGGCCAUCUGGAAAGCAACUCCCUCAACUUCUCGCCCUUGGUCUUCUUCCUGCUGCUCGCCUUCAUGAUGGCCUGCUGCCUCGUUGCCUUCUUUUUCCUCCAGCGUUACCCUGAGCCCUGGAAAACCUCCACAAAAGACCUCCUCGCCUCCCAGGUCACCCUCUACUCUAUCCGGCCACUGGAAGAGGACCUCGGUCCCCCAGGCCUGGGGGACAGCAGUAAGGAUCAAGGGCAUCUGGAGGAGGAAACGCCCCAGUACCACCCAGCCCUCCUGCUCUUCAUCUACAUCCUGGUGGCCUUCGUGAACACCCUCACCAACGGCGUGCUGCCCUCCGUGCAGACCUACUCCUGCCUGUCCUACGGGCCUGUGGCCUACCACCUGUCCGCCACCCUCAGCUCCAUGGCCAACCCUCUGGCCUGCUUCCUCUCCAUGUUCCUGUCUAACAGGUCUCUGCUGUUCCUGGGGGUCCUCACAGUGUUUGGGACUGGCUUUGGCACCUAUAACGUGGCCAUGGCGGUGAUGAGCCCUUGCCCCCUCCUGCAGGGGCACUGGAGUGGAGAAGUCCUCAUCGUGGCCUCGUGGGUGCUUUUCACCGGCUGUCUGAGCUACGUCAAGGUGAUGCUGGGCGUGAUCUUGCGCGACCAUAGCCGCAGCGCCCUCUUGUGGUGUGGGGCGGCAGUGCAGCUGGGUUCACUGCUUGGAGCUCUGCUGAUGUUCCCGCUGGUCAACGUGUGGCAGGUCUUCAAAUCCGCAGAUUCCUGCAACCUUCAGUGUUCCACCUAAGCAGACUGAAAACUGGGACCCAGAGAGACAAGGCAAGGGUUCAAGGUCACCGGGCAAGUGUUGGGGGUCUCAGAGGCACAGCCUGAGGACUUGAACCAUCAACACAAACUCCCCUCUGUAAAGUGGGUAAUGCCACCCGCGGGUCCUGGAAAUGCAAGCACAGCCCUACCCCAACUCUGAGCCCUAGUGCUUGCAAUACACGUUUGAGAGAGAGCUGACUACAGAGCAUCCAGCUGGAGGCAGACUGAGGGUGUCGGAAGGGAAAUGGCUGAGAGAGUGAGUGGGCUCUUAGAAGCUGUGUGACCUUGGCGAAGUCCCUUGAUUUCUCUGUGCUUAUGUCUCCUCAUCCAUAAAAAGGGGGUUAUAAUAAAUAGCACCUACCUCAUAGACUUGACACAGGGAUACAAGGGAGAUACACCCAGCAUGUGGCAAGACCACCUGGGCCACUUCCUCCAGAGGAGUAAUAAUGAGUAACAGUCAACACAGACGAAAGUGGCCAGCGGGCUUGAGAGGUGACCCCUGCCCUGUAUGCUUUCCCCCCCUCUCCUCACAGAGGCGCUUCUAGGAGACAGAUGGCUGAGGGGGGGGAUUUGGGGCAUGCUGGAUCCCUGAUCCUCAGUAUGGAGGGACACCCCUUCCCACCACCCCUCCUGAGCUCCUGGGAGGCAGAGAGAGAUGAUGCAAGAAGGGCUCCACAGAGCCCCUGAAAAUGACUCAUAUCCCACCCCCCACCAAACUCACUAAGGCUGAAAACUGGACACAGAUGACCCUGAGGAGCAGGGGAACCAGGGAAGGGGGAGGAGGAUGGGGGAGAAGUGUCUUAGUUACCUGCUUGUUUUUUUUUACCUGAUUUUUUUUGUUUUACUUGUUGUUGUUUCUUUUUACAUAAAGACAUUGAUCAACCUUCCAAGAAAAAAAUCAACCAUGAACCCCCAAAAUGUAUCACUAUAAUUAGUUUUCAAUUGGCUCCAAGGUCAAGGCUGAGCUCAGAAAUGAAACAGAGUCAAGUGCUUAGAGAAUGUCUGGACCUGGGAUUUCUUUUUUUUUAGUGUUUUUUUUUCCGCUUGCUACUACCCCUUCUUUUUAAUUGCUUUUGAAUAGACAAUACAGUCACCAUGUUUCAAAAAUCAGGAAAUAUAAAAUGGUGUUCAGCAAAAAAAUUCCCUCCCUCUUCUCUCCCCCUUCUACCCAG